ACGUUUUAGUUACCCAUAACACCGUCCUUCUUCCUCCUCCACUUGCCUUCACUCUCACGUCAACUCUCUGCAAACCCAUUGCUGUUUCAAAAGUCUUCUUUUCUUUUCUUUCUCCCCGUGCCAACAUAAAAAAAUUGACUUUUUAUCUUUUCUUCCAUUUCUAAUAAUCCACAUUUCACUUCUUUCAAACUUUUCAUGAUGUCAAUUAUGGGAUUUUUCUUUAGACUUUUUAUUUUGUUUGGAUUGUGUUCUCUUGCUUUCUCAAAUGAGGCAUUGGGCUCUAACGAGUUCCCGAGACCUUUGAUUGUUCAAUACCCGGAUAAUAUAAUCGAGACCCGGUUGACGGAGCUCGAUGAAGAGGUGAAAUUACAGUGUACGAGUUGGAGAUUUUCGGUUGAAGCCAACAAUAUUGGGCCGUGGAAGACGAUUCCUCGUGAAUGUUUGGAGUACGUGAAAGAUUACUUGAUGGGUCGAGGUUAUAAAAUGGAUCUCGAGAGGGCUUCUAACGAGGCUAAAGUUUACGCUAAUACUGUUCAAUUGAUCGGUGACGGUAAAGAUGUGUGGAUUUUUGACAUUGAUGAUACUUUGUUGUCCAAUCUUCCUUAUUAUCAAGAGCAUGGUUAUGGCACCGAGAUAUUUGAUCCAGUAGAGUUUGAUAAAUGGGUUGAGAAAGCCAUGGCACCAGCUAUAGAACCCAGUUUGAAACUCUAUGAAGAGGUUCUGAAAUCGGGCUUUAAGAUUUUCUUGUUGACCGGGCGUUAUGAAAAUAAAAGGGCUGCAACAAUUGAUAAUUUGAUCAAUGCUGGGUUUCAGAAUUGGGACAAACUCAUUUUGAGAGACGCUGAGGACCAUGGAAAAUUGGCAAUAAUUUACAAGUCAGAGAAGAGGAAUGAUAUGGUUAAAAAUGGAUUUCGAAUUCUUGGAAACUCUGGAGACCAAUGGAGUGAUAUACUAGGUUCUUCAAUGUCCACUCGUUCUUUUAAGCUUCCGAAUCCAAUGUAUUAUAUUCCCUGAUGGCAGAGAUUGUAUUUCAAUUGGUUAUAUUUAUAAUAAGUUCUGAUAAAACAUAUAGACUAUUGUUCUUGUCAACUGUAAAGAACUCACAAAGAUUGUUGAACUGAAUAACUAACAGUUCCAUACACUCAAGUAUACAAUACAUGAUAUUUGAUUCUUUGAACA